AAUAUAUAUAAGGAGAAGAUUUUCUGUAUCUUCUAUAUAUUAAGACAAACAUAUAUAGUUUGCUAAUACACCUACAUUAUUAUUACCAUAUAAUACAUUAAUAAUAAUGUGGAAAAGAACGGUGGCUCGAUCUGCGGCGGCGUUUGCCGGAUACAUAAGGCAGUCACGGCGGUCCUUUAUUGCGCCGUCCGCGUCAGCCAUUCCUAGUCCUUGUAUUGUUCAUAAACGCGGUGCUGAUAUUCUUCAUGAUCCUUGGUUUAACAAGGAUACUGGGUUUCCAUUGACAGAAAGAGACCGGCUUGGGCUUCGCGGUCUGCUACCACCUCGUGUUAUAUCAUUUGAACAACAAUAUGAGAGAUUUAUGGAUUCGUACCAUUCAUUGGAAAAGAAUACGGCAGGUCAACCAUUUGAUGUCGUAUCCUUAGCGAAAUGGAGAAUACUGAAUAGACUGCAUGACAGGAAUGAAACAUUAUACUACAAAGUACUGAUUGAUAACAUUAAAGAGUUUGCUCCAAUUAUCUACACUCCAACAGUAGGUUUGGUAUGCCAAAACUAUUCAGGAUUAUUUAGACGCCCACGUGGAAUGUACUUCAGCGCAAAAGAUAAAGGAGAGAUGAUGUCGAUAGUCUAUAACUGGCCAGCUCCUGAGGUAGAUAUGAUAGUGCUUACAGAUGGCAGUCGUAUACUCGGGUUAGGUGAUCUAGGUGUACAGGGAAUUGGCAUUCCUAUUGGGAAACUUGAUAUGUAUGUUGCUGCUGCUGGAAUCAAUCCACAACGGGUCCUUCCUAUUAUGCUUGAUGUUGGAACCAACAAUGAAAAGCUACGUGAAGAUCGUCUCUAUUUAGGACUACGAGAACGAAGGUUGGAAGGAGAAGAAUAUAUAUCAAUAGUUGAUGAAUUGAUGGAAGCUCUUCAUACACGUUGGCCAAAAGCUAUUAUCCAGUUUGAAGAUUUUCAAUUCAAGUGGGCUUUUGAAACUCUUCAAAGAUACCGAAAUAAGUACUGCAUGUUCAAUGACGACAUACAGGGAACUGCUGGUGUUGCAUUAGCUGGAUUGCUUGGAACUGUUAGAGCACAGGGCCGACCAUUGUCAGAUUUUGUAAAUCAAAAGAUUGUGGUUGUUGGAGCUGGAAGUGCAGGGCUUGGCGUUCUUAAAAUGGCCUAUCAAGCUGUUUCGAGAAUGACAGGAACAACAGCAAACCCUCAGUUUUACUUGAUUGAUAAACAGGGUUUGAUCACAAACCAGAGAAGUCAUGUUGACCCAUCAGCUACACCAUUUGCAAAACCUGUUGGAGAGGUUGAAAGUAUAGGAUUGCGGGAGGGAUCUAACAUCCUUGAAGUGGUUAAAAAGGUCAAGCCUCAUGUGCUUCUGGGUUUAUCCGGAGUUGGAGGCAUUUUCAAUGAGCAGGUGCUUAAUGCCAUGAAAGACUCUGAAUCCCCUAAACCUGCUAUCUUUGCCAUGUCAAAUCCAACCAAUAACGCUGAAUGCACUGCUACUGAUGCUUUUAAAUAUGCCGGAGAAAAUAUAGUUUUUGGAAGUGGAAGCCCUUUUCAGAAUGUUGAUCUUGGAAAUGGGAAAGUUGGCUAUGUAAAUCAAGCAAAUAAUAUGUAUCUUUUCCCCGGGAUUGGCUUGGGAGCUAUGCUUUCUGGUGCUCAUAUUAUAUCCGACGGAAUGAUGCAUGCAGCAUCUGAAUGUCUUGCCUCGUAUAUGACAGACGAAGAUAUUCAAAAGGGUAAAUUCUAUCCAUCUAUUGACAGUAUUCGAGAUAUUACUGCUGAAGUAGGAGCUGCUGUGCUACGGACAGCAGUUGUUGAAGAAGUAGCAGAAGGACGAGGUGAAGUCGGACUUAAAGAGCUUCAACACAUGACAAAAGAACAAACUGUGAAAUAUGUAACGAGAAACAUGUGGUAUCCAGUUUACAGUCCUCUUGUUCACGAGAAAUAACCUGACAUAGUGAGGCAAUGCAGAUGGUAGUAUCGUAGAAACUGCAGUUUGUUAUUUAGGUUAAAUUGAUUGCAUUAUAAGAGGGUCUGACUAGCGGCUAAAAUACACUGGACAUUUCGGUUAUUGAAGUUCUAUAUAGAUCAUGUAACCGAAACCAAUUUUGAUUUUUUGAGGAGCAUUUGCGGCUAUCACUGUAGGAUGUCACCUUAAUAUAUACAUCCAAUAUAAAUUGUGUUUCGGGGUUC